AUGGCUGCAGGCCCCUUCCGCGGUCUGGCAGUGGCCGGUGGAGGCGAGAGUAGCGAGAGCGAGGAUGACGGCUGGGAGAUUGGGUAUCUCGACCGGGCAGCUCAGAAAUUAAAAGGACCGUUACCCAUUGAAGAAAAGCAUGAAACAUUUAAGAAAGCUUUGACCACAGGAGAUGUUUCAUUGGUCGAGGAGCUCCUGGAUUCUGGCAUCAGUGUAGAGUUCAGCUUUCGCUAUGGGUGGACUCCCCUUAUGUAUGCUGCCAGUGUUUCCAACGUAGCGCUGCUUCGGGUCCUUUUGGACAGAGGUGCUAAUGCAAGCUUUGAUAAGGAUAAGCAAACUAUUUUGAUAACUGCAUGUUCUGCUCGUGGCUCAGAGGAACAGAUCUUGAAGUGUGUAGAGCUACUACUUUCAAGAAAUGCUGAUCCAAAUGUUGCUUGUAGGAGACUUAUGACUCCCAUCAUGUAUGCUGCACGGAAUGGUCACCCUCAGGUUGUUGCUCUCCUUGUUGCUCAUGGAGCAGAAGUUAAUACCCAGGAUGAGAAUGGCUAUACUGCUUUAACAUGGGCAGCAUGUCAGGGUCAUAAAAAUGUAGUUUUGAAGUUGCUUGAACUUGGAGCUAAUAAAAUGAUACAAACCAAAGAUGGAAAGACACCAAGUGAGAUUGCAAAAAGAAAUAAACAUCUAGAGAUCUUCAACUUUCUUUCCUUGACUUUAAAUCCUUGGGGAGGAAAGCUUCAACAGCUAACUAAAGAAGAGACUAUUUGUAAACUACUGAGAACAGAUUCUGAUCAAGAAAAAGAUCACAUAUUUAGUUCAUAUACAGCAUUUGGAGAUCUGGAAAUAUUUUUACAUGGUCUUGGACUUGAACAUAUGACAGAUUUACUGAAGGAAAGGGAUAUAACUUUAAGACAUCUUUUGACCAUGAGGAAAGAUGAGUUUACAAAGAAUGGAAUUACCAGUAGAGAUCAGCAGAAAAUUAUGGCUGCUCUUAAAGAACUAGAGGUAGAAGAGAUAAAAUUUGGAGAAUUACCUGAAGUGGCAAAGUUGGAAAUCAGUGGUGAUGAGUUCCUCAGCUUUCUUCUGAAAUUAAACAAACAGUGUGGCCAUUUAAUAACAGCUGUACAGAACAUUAUUACUGAGUUGCCUGUAAAUUCUCAGAAGAUAGUACUAGAAUGGGCUUCUCCCCGGAAUUUUACUUCAGUUUGUGAAGAACUGGUUAGUAAUGUUGAAGACUUGAAUGAAGAGGUCUGCAAACUAAAAGACUUAAUUCAGAAGUUGCAAAAUGAACGAGAAAAUGAUCCAACUCGUAUACCGUUAAUGGAAGAAGUAUCUACAUGGAAUAGUAGAAUUUUGAAGAGGACGGCUAUUACAGUAUGCGGAUUUGGGUUUCUUCUUUUCAUUUGCAAGCUAACUUUUCAGAGGAAAUAA